CGCCGUUCUUCAAGUCGUUCAAGGUUGUAAAAGGAAAGCGCGGUCGGGUUUGAAAGUCAGUCACUUUUUUUCAACAUAAUAAACACGAAAUUAUGAAAAAGAAAAGAUCUGUUGCUACCGAAUUAGUUCAACGUGCAUCAUCUAUAUUACCAGCAUUUACUGAUAUAUUUGAUGAAGAAACAUUUUAUAUAUUUUUUAUUUGCCUUGUUAUUUUAUCAUUUAUUAUAGCAUUUAGUAUAGCUAAAUAUUUUGAUGUAACAAUUAAAGAUGCAGAUUAUUUAAAAUUAACUAAACGACAAAAAUUCAAACGACACUAUUCAAUGAAUCAACAAAAAGAAAAAAAACAACAAAGAAGCUUAUUGAUUUGUUUUCUUUAAACUUUAUUAUUAUUGUUUUUCUUUUUGUUGUUUAUUUUAUCAUUAUUACUUUAGAAAGAACAAAAAAAAACAAAUAUCUCCCACACCCCAACCUCACCCUACCCCCCCCCCGCAACUAAUAGAUAAUGAUAGUUAAAGUCAAUGAUGUACUUUACUUUCAUCAAAAUAUACAAGGUAUUAUGUUUGUUUGUUUGUUUGUUUGUUUCCAUGAGUUGUAUUGUAUAUUUAUUCUAGUUAAUUGAAUACUCUUUCUUUAUUGAAUGUUAUUCCUUUCAUAUUUGUGCAAUAUCUCCAUGUAUUCUGUCUAUUCAAUGUGAAUUCAUUUCGUUUAUUCUUAUUGGCAAUGAAUUUAUAUAUUGCUUCAAGUUUACUAUGAUCUAAUAUUAGUAAUUAGAUUGAUCUGAUCAUGUUGUUAUGCAAGAAUUAAACAUUCGUUCAUUUACAUAAAUAAGAAAUGAGUAUGAUUGUUUUGUUUUGUUUUAAAUAUGAAAAGAAAUACAUAUGAUCCUUAUGCUCUAAUUAUCAAUCACGUAUAUAUAUUGUUUUAUCAUAUUUAUCCUGUAUAUAAAGACAUUAUUCAAGCAGAAGAAAAUGUUUAUCAUUUUAGUUGGUGGUCUUAUCUUCUAGCAUCGGUUGGAUUAAGAGCAGGGGGGGGCACCAGAUAUAUAUAUCCACCACAUAAUAAUAAUGAGAAUAGGAAGAGAUAAAGAAUAUAAGGUGUGUAUAAAAAGAAAAAAAAAGAGAACAAUAACGACCACAAAUUAGUGUAUGGUAGUGAAAUAAUAACAAUGAUGGGGGAAACGGAAAGGUACAGUCAGAAAGAAUUCUUUUACUUAAAGAAGUUACCAACACUUUUUAUGAAGAAAGUUAUAGCAGCAUCGCCAGUGGCUUCUAUUCUAAGGCAUAUCUGAUAACGUCUCUAGCCACUGUGUUACACUAUCUCUGAGACCCCAACCAAGGAGUCGUGAAUGAUCAAUAGAUGCCAGUUCUGUACAGCAUUCUUUCAUACCACAACACUAUUUCAUACACUGACCACUUCUCCGCUUUUUUCAACUGUUAUGUCCGAGUGGAGAUUAAAUUACAGGUAACUCCCGAGGACUAUUAAUGGACUAAUAUUCUAUAAAUAUUCUUAUUGUAUAAUUAUUCAACAAUUACAUUACAUAUAUUUAUAUUCCUCUUAUUGUAAGCUUUAUUUUGACCUAUAACUUAUUAUUGUACGAUUUACGGUUCUUAAGUUAUGUUCAGCUUAUUAACUACUGCCUCCCACAUCCACAGCCACUUUUUGGGCUUAUUUGUGUACAAAUAUUAUUUCCUAUUUUAUGGUACGUUGAGGUCUGUGUGAUUUAUAUAUAAACUAAGUAUGCCUGAAAUAAACGAUCUGCUCUGAUUCGGAAGCUGGUAUCUUGUUCUGGACUCAAGUGGAAGGGCUCGUAGGACAUAGGACCAAUAAGGACACUAAACUGCCCACACCGGUUAAACGUCAUUGGUUGGCCUAGUGUGAAGAUUCGUAUAAGUCGUAUUCGGAUUGGUAGAUAAGUCGUGUGACAGAAAAAACCAGACACCCAAGGUCAUAACAUCAACCAAUCCCAGAGUCGGUGAAUAAUACACGACGAGGAAUUCUCUGGGACGAUGUUUGUCGAACAUGUACAAGCCACCAAAGUCGAUGUUUCAAGAUAGUGACAUCAAUUGAAUUAUCGUCACUAUGUCCGAACACACGAUGCUCAACCUCUGCAUUACUAACAUGAUGUUGCCACUGGAUAUCAGCAAUCGUUCGGAGACAACGAUGAUCAAAUACAGAGAAUCGUCUAACAUCCUUAACUUGGAGAGGCCAGGUUUCACAGGUAUAGAGUAAAACUACUCUCACCAACGCUACUCUUAUUGCUUAGUAUUCUUGAACACUUUCACUCGAUAAG